AUGCAUGCAUUUAAUGAUUUGGAUGAUAUAUUCCUUAAUGGCCCGAUUUUGUUUGAAGAAAUAAUUUUAUCUGAUUUUAAUAUUUUUCGUUUAACUGAAACUUUUUCGGUAAAUUUUAAUUUAAUUUUAAAUAAAACUCAAUCAUGUUUAAAGCCAAAUCCAAGUCCAAUACCUCUAGAUGAAUUAAAAGGCUGGGAAGCAUCUGUACAACAUGAAGGAAUGUUUAACAAACGUUGUCUCAAAUAUUUUUUAGUUGACAGACUUUUGUGUUUUGGUAUAGCUAAAUCUAUGCCUGUUUUUGAAAAAUUGACUUUAUCUGAUCAGGUGUUUUAUAUAAAUUUAUUUUUGACUAUAGUUAGCUUAGAAUCGGAUUUUUAUUGUAAUGGCAAAAUACGGUGGCGUAUCUUUCCGUGCACACGAUUCCGUACCGUUAUAAAAGGGUUGUUUCCGUGCCAGCUUUUUUUUUUAAUUUAA